AUGGCGAUGAAGGUGUCGCUGCUGGAGCUGUCUCCGAGCACGCUUGAUGAGCCUGUCCCAACUGGUUGUGUCCCGGUGGCAGUCCCAGAACUGGACAAUGUUCCAUUGGGGAAGGGGAAUGGAACAGAUGAGAUGGAUGAUGCACUUGACAAUGGACUCGAAAUUCCCGAGCUAGUCACUGAUGUAGGCGACCCAUUGCCAAGCUAUAGGAACAAAGCUGCCGAGGUUGGUGCUUCACUAAUUGGGCUUGUUCCUGUACCAGUAGGGCCUGGUAAGGCUGAUGUUGAGUUAGUUAAGGGGAAUGGGACAUUUGAAGCUCCAGGACUGCUGGUAGAUGGCAGGCCGCUCAAAGGUCCAGUACCAAGAGGGGCAUUGCUGUUUGAGAAGGCACUUGUAGGUAAGUCAGUGCUCGAAGAUGACGCACCGCCGGUUGCUGAAGGUCCUGUAGCACCAGGAAGUGUCAUGGUAGAGUUAGGGAAGGGAUAUGGCCCUGAUGAGUUACCCGGUGUCAUUGAGCUCAGAGGUACAGCAGAAGCGCCAGUACCAAGAGCUGUAGAGCCACCCGUGGGGCCUGCUUCUGAGGUUGUUGCACCACUUAUCACGGACGGUCCGGUUCCCAGAGGAGCCGUACUUGCGCCGGACCCAGACACAAGGGUUGUGCUAUUUGGCAAAGUAUAUGGGACGCUGGGCGCACCGGUUUGUGUAGAAAGGGGAAUAGGCAUUGAGCUUGACACGGGCGAUAUGGAACCGGAAGAAACUGCUCCUGGUGACAGGGUGCCUGUUCCGGUAGACGGCACUGUACUGUUUGUGAGUGGGAAGGGAACCGAUGGGAAGCCAGGAGUAGAGGUUGGCAGCGCCGAGCCGAUUGGGCCUCCAGUUCCUGAAGACCCUGGCAACAUCGAAGAGCCUGAACCAAAACCAGCUCCGGUGGAACUGGGGUUAAUCUCAGAUGAGUUGGAUAUCGGAAUCGGUACUGAAAGAGAUGACUCUUGGGAAGUGACUGAUCCCGUUGUGCUUGACCCAGUUGGACCCGUAAGAGGUGCAGACAAGUUCGUGACAGGAAAAGGGGCCGAGGAUGAUCCUGAUGGUAAGAUGCUCCCGGACACAGGGGGCGUGAAGCCAGUGCUAGGUGCGCUCGUGAGAUUGGAACCGGUGCUCGGUAGUGUAGUUCCAUCGUACGAACUCAACGAUGUUGUCACAGAAGCACUUGUGCCGGAGGGCGGUGGUAACGUUCCGGAUAGUGGUAAGCUCGAACUUGAAUUUGCUGUAAGGAAUGGCGGAGAGCUAGAGCCCGAGGGCAAGGUGCUACUGCUAGAAGGGCCAGUAGCUGUGCUACUAGCUGAAAUUGGGAAAGGAGCUGAUAUCCCCGACAAGCUCGAUGAAGAGUUCGGGAGACCUGAACCACCAGAUGCUGAGGAAGACGUUGCCGCAGGCGUAGGAGUAUAA